UCUGUAAUUGAUAAUGGAAUGAAUGUGAAGGUAAAGAUUAAGCAGCAAAAGAGACCCAGAAAAGUUGGAAGUCCACCAUUAGCAUAGGCGGAUGAAUAUCAUUGAAGUUGCCUUUUUGAUAUCAAAAUGGCAAGCUCAAGUGAGAGUGAUCGCAAGGAACCAGUGAACGAACAAGUUAUUGCGAACAUGUACGGUGCUUUAAAGUCCGAGCUCAAUCAGAUAUACUCAAAAAUCACAGAACUUGAAAUGGAAGUGAGUGAGCACUCUCUGGUCAUUUCUGCAAUUGAGCCACUUGACCCAUCAAGAAGAUGCUACAGAAUGAUUGGGGGAGUGCUGGUGGAAAGAACUAUCAAAGAGGUCCUGCCUGCUGUUAAACGAAACAAAGAGGGAAUCGAGGAGGUCGUUUCCAGACUCAAUGAAGGGCUGGAGAAGAAGAAGAAGGAAAUUGCGGACUUGGAGGCCAAAUACAAGAUCAGGAUUAGAAAGCCUGAUGGUGAGGCUAAGGAGGAAGACAGCGGGCGGAAAGAAGGCGCAGCCCAAGGAGUCCUUGUUGGCCCUGCAGGUGACACUUAAACCCRACACCAUCUACAACUCCUGAUCAUAUUCUUGUAGUGCUAAACUUUUUUGUUUCAUCCGGAUGGUUCACUGCUCUUCUAUCAUCGUGUUCGUGUGAAAUUUUGUUUGAGAACUUUCAGUUCAAUAGGAAGAUUCCAGGUCUUAUGUGGUAUAUAGAUUUUGAGGGAAGAAAUUGAAUGGGAGCAGAUUUUUCAGCGUUGUGAACUCAUUGAAAAAAAUUCUCAAGUUCUAGAUUCUCUCUUCUGAAUUCA